GUGCCUUGUGUAUCAGCAUCCCUGUGGUUCAAAAUUGCGGCAGGGGUGCUUCAUUUAAAGUUUGUUAGAUGCUUCUCCCGGGGCACGUGUCUAAACGCCCCUUGUUUUUGGGAAGGCAGAAUGAAAAAAAAAAAAGAUUUUUCCAGAAUUAGGGCCACACACAAUAGAGACAGCUUGCUCACCCUUCAUUUGCUGCUUAGACAAAACCUACCAUUUUAACCCUUUCACAUCUGAACUGUCAGCAGAUCUAGGAUUUGGGGGGAAAAAACCUAAAAACAGCCUACAGGACUGUGAAAUAGGAAAAGAGACUAGUAGCUAACAAAAAGCAGAACUGCUGAAGAAAUGACAGCUUGAUUUGUGGAAUAUCGAGACUAUUAAGAAAGAAAGGGUUGUCAGCACCUCUGGAGUGAAAAGCAGAGAGCAAAAUUGCCAAAGAUAGGAUGGCUUGAUCAUCAAGACCAUAAAAAGAAGAGCAGGUCACCAAUGCCUGUUGAGUGAAGAGUAAUUAGCAGGAAUAGAGUAGAUUAUAAUAAACUAUGAAGUAAAUUGACUCCCUCAGGGCUGCCUGAUUAAUGCUGCUCGUGUGCAGAAAAUCAGCUUCUCAUUUCAGGACAUGCUUUAGGAAGCCUGAUUCUUGGGAGUAGGAUAUGUGUGGCCUGUAAAUUUGGUGUACUCUUGUUGCAGGUUUUAUCUGACUGGCAAAUGGGUGGUGAAGGUUUGUUCCACUAGUCUAGGAUUUGGGAAAUCUGCAUUAAGUCCCUGAGUGCAUGAGUUCUUCAUUUGUAAAACAGGGUUGACAGCACUUCUCACCCCCAUUCACACAGGUAUUGUGAAGUUAAAUACCUUAAAGAUUGUGAGGGAGAUCCAAUGCAACAGUAAUGGGACCCAUAUAAGCACUUAAUAUCGAAAAAACCAUUAUACAUAUCCUACCUCCAGACAGCAAGCUAUCAUUCUGAAUUCAUGGCAUUUUUUAUCCAAAUUUAAUGUAGUUUUCCCCCUCAAGAUCCCUAUUGUCUUGGCUGCAUGGGCUGUUAUGGAUAGUGACUUUGUUUUUAAAAACAAUGUGCCCAGAAACACUAAUAAAAGAGAUCUCAACUGCUUUACUAGUAAAGAUCCUUAAUAACUUCUGCCAGCUGUCAUCUGUUCCUUUACAGAUUUUGUUCUACUUAAAUGGAAUUUAUUACAUAUUUUAUUUCUUGGCAACUCUUCUAAUGAUUAUUUAUAAGAGUCAAGUUUUCAGUUAUCCAGAUAAUUUCUUGGCACUUGAUCUUGCUUUGCUAUUCAUUAUGGCCAUUCUGGAAGCAAUCCGAUUAUACUUGGGUACAAAAGGUAACUUGACAGAAGAAGAAGCUUCACUAGGGGUCAGUCUUGUGAUCACUGUUGGCAGUGUCAUCCUGUCUGUCUAUUUCUUGGUAUGGGAGACCUAUGUACUGAAAGCAGAUGUCAUUAUAAACACUAUUCUUCUUGUGACGUAUGGGCUUGAAGCAAUACUACAGAUCAUUGCCAUUGCUGCAUUUGUCAACUAAACUUCUACUCUGCCCAGCAUUGUACAGGGCAUCUUUUUCUGAUGUGGUUCUUCAGGAAAAGGCACAAAGGUGCACCUUUAAAGGGUUCCUUGCAAAAAUAUUUGGUUUUCUCCACUGUAAAAACUGAAGAAACUCCUCUUCCCUAUAUUACAAGGUAUGUUUAUAGCUUUUCUCUGGCAGGAACUUCCCUGAAUUAGCAAUGAAAAUAUUCUGAACAGUGGUUAUGCUCCACUGUCUACAAUUAAUUUGUUCAAAAGCUAAGACCAUGAAUCACCAAACUACUGAAGUACAUGUUUCAAUUUAAGCAUAUGAAUAAUUCCCAUUGAAACCUACAGGAAUGCUCUGGGUUUACAGUUAGGCAUAUAUGCAAAUAUUUAGCAAACUGAAUUCCUGUAUGGGUCUGUGGUAUGUGGAGAUGUAUUUUUAUAAAUGGUUGAUUUAGUUAUGAAUCAAAUAUUUGUAUCCACAUCAGAACAAAUACAAACCUGUGUAUUACUCUGGUUAUAUGCUGGUUUUAAUUCCAUUGAUUUUAAUGGCAUCAUACUAGCAUAAAACCCCAGUAACACAGAUCUGAGUCAAGAAGAGGCAUAACAGUGUGGCCAGGUGUCUAAGGCAGCUGCUGCACACAGAGGCAACAGCAGCUUCCAGGUGCCACCACUGGCAUGAUUGGCCACGUCAUUAUGUGGCAACAGCUGUAUUUUUCCAUCCCCACCCCCCAAAGUUGGCAUCUGAGGCAGCUGCCACUGGAUUCAGGCUUUACAUUAAAAGAGGUGAAUCAGGUCCUAUAUACUAUGGGCUCAUUUCUGCCCUACUUUGUAUUUGAGGGAAGAAUUUUGCCCUAUUACUCAUAUUCUGAUUUGACUUGUGCCUCCUCACACAAGCAUAGCUAUACUGACUCCGUGGCGUAACCUCUCAUUUAUCCUUGGGUAUGUAAGAACAAACAGUGGCUUGAUCUAUACUAUGCAACUCAAGGGCAACACCACCUCUCUGAAUCAAAGAUGGUUUCUGCUGCCACCUGGCAUGUCUGCCUUCUGCCAGCUGCUGCAGCUCCUUUAACAGCAAGGUCUACUCUGGGUGCACAGUUGCUAUAGAAGAGUUACCAAGAAGGAUGUGAAUUGUACCCUAAAACCUCCUUGAGAAGAUGGUUGCUUGUGCGCUGCCAGAACUUCUGGUGGCAGAAGCAGGCUAGUGUAGACAAGGC